AUGGACGCGAGUCAGCGGGUGCCUCUGGACUUUCGCCGAGCUGUGCGCCGGUCUGACGAGAUUGCGCGUGAACCACUUUUUCCUCGCUGUCCCAUUGGCUGGGAAAACUUUGUUCCCAGUGGCUGGGUCGUCCCCCUCGGCCAGUCUCUGGUCUCCGUGAGCGUCCCAGCGGCAAACAAAGCCGAGUCACAGCCGCGCUUCUCUAAUACCGGGCGCUUGCCCGACUCCGCAGCCGAAGGGACCCCUGUAAGAGGCCCUGUGCCGCCCGGAUCUACCGACGCUGAAAAUACGCUGUCCGUAUGCACGGUUCUUGCGUCGCGUCUGCUGGUUGAUUCACUGCCGAUCGUUGUCCUCGAUACGGCCGAGCGUGGAGGACGAUUCGGCAGGCCGGGCUUUCGCAAACCAAAACCAGCAGAGAUCUAUCUUGUCGAGUGGAUGCGACCCUGCACACUAGAUGACUUCACCUGCAAUGGCCUCGUGAAUAUCGGCUCUGGGAUGCCCGGUAUGACCUGGGGUUCUGGUGGCGGCACUGGGUCGCCACGGGCUCAAGGCACGGCGUCGCCAUCGACAGAGCGAGCAACGAGCCAACGAAUGAAAUUGACUUGGGUUACGAUUUCAGUUCUGGAAUGUUUUGGGAAUGAGGCCCUGGAAUAUUUCCGGAAACGGCAACAAGCCGCGGAGACGGUAGCGGCGUUGCGGAAACCGGACGUCGGCAUCAUGCCGUCGAAGCGAUACACUCGAUACCGCUCGCUCGACUAG